AUGGAUAAUACCAAGAGAUCCGCUUCGGGAACUUUCCGAUAUGAAUUGUAUAUAUGUACAUCGUUUUUUUUUUUUUCACACUAUCUAUCUAUCUAUCUAUCUAUCUAUCUAUCUAUCUAUCUAUCUAUCUCUUUGUAUAUGUAUAUAUCUAUCUAUAUAUCUGUUUAUCAGUCCCUUCUUAUCUAUCUAUCUAUCUAUCUAUCUAUCUAUCUAUCUAUCUAUCUAUCUCACUCAUGUCUUCUGUUCAUAUCUAUCUAUCUAUCUAUCUAUCUAUCUAUCUAUCUAUCUAAAUAUAUAUAUAUAGAAACACAAAGAGAGAGUGAGAGAGAGCAAGAGAAAGUGAGAGAUUUGUUCAUAUCUAUCUAUCUAUCUAUCUAUCUAUCUCACUCAUCUAACUCUAAAUCUGUUCAUAUCUAUAUAUCUGUCUCUCUCUCUACCUGUGUAUCUGAAUCUGUUUCUAUCUAUCUAUCUAUCUAUCUAUCUAUCUAUCUAUCUAUCUAUCUAUCGAUUCAUUGCAAAUAA